AUGUCGCUGCAGGUCCCCUACCGAGGAAAGGCGUCUAGAGAGGCUGCCACCAAGGCCGUUAUUCUGGUCGGCGGUCCUUCCCGUGGCACUCGAUUCCGUCCCCUUUCUCUCGACGUUCCCAAGCCCCUCUUCGAAGUCGCUGGCCACCCCAUCAUCUGGCACUGCCUGGCCGCUAUCGACCGGGUCCCUGGCAAGGAGAUCACCGAGGUCCUCAUCAUCGGCUACUACGACGAGACAGUCUUCCGCGACUUCAUCAAGGAUGCCGCCAGCGAGUUCCCCGAACUGACCAUUAAGUACCUGCGCGAAUACGAGGCUCUCGGCACUGCUGGCGGCCUCUACCACUUCCGCGAUGCCAUCCUCAAGGGCCACCCCGAGCGCCUCUUCGUCCUGAACGCCGAUGUCUGCUGUUCCUUCCCCCUCCCCGAGAUGCUCCAGCUCUUCCACGACAAGAACGCCGAGGCCGUCAUUCUGGGAACUCGUGUCUCCAACGACGCCGCCACCAACUUUGGCUGCAUCGUCAGCGACGCCCACACCCGCCGCGUCCUCCACUACGUCGAAAAGCCCGAGUCGCAAAUCAGCAACCUCAUCAACUGCGGCGUCUACCUCUUCUCCACUGACGCCAUCUUCCCCUCCAUCAAGACCGCCAUCAAGCGCCGCACCGACCGCCCCUCCCGCCUCAUGUCCUACCCGAGCUCCGAGAACCUCGAGAGCAGCUUCAUCAUCACCGACGAAGACGACGAGGAGCGCAAGAACCAGGUCAUCCGCCUUGAGCAGGACAUCCUCGGUGACUUCGCCGACACAAAGUCCUUCUUCGUCUACGAGACCAAGGACUUCUGGCGCCAGAUCAAGACGGCCGGCUCCGCCGUCCCCGCCAACGCCCUCUACCUGCAGAAGGCCUGGCAGACCGGCUCCAAGGAGCUCGCCGAGCCCAGCGCCAACAUCAUCCCCCCCGUCUUCAUUCACCCCACUGCCCAUGUCGACCCCACCGCGAAGCUGGGCCCCAACGUCUCCAUCGGCCCCCGUGUCCACGUCGGCCCCGGCGCCCGCAUCAAGGAGGCCGUCGUCCUCGAGGACUCGGAGAUCAAGCACGAUUCGUGCGUCCUCUACUCUAUCAUUGGCUGGGGAAGCCGCGUCGGUGCUUGGGCCCGUGUCGAAGGCACCCCGACCCCCGUCGGUAGCCACACGACGAGCAUCAUCAAGAACGGCGUCAAGGUCCAGAGCAUCACCAUUCUCGGCAAGGACUGCGGUGUCGGCGAUGAGAUCCGCGUGCAGAACUGUGUCUGCCUGCCGUUCAAGGAGUUGAAGAGAGACGUUGCAAACGAAGUCAUCAUGUAA